UCCACUCUUUUGGCGGUUCUUCGAAAUUAUGAGGCAACGACUGCCUCAAAGUUGAGUGCCUUGCAUUUCGGGGUGGUUUGUGAAAGACCGCUCUGCUGGAUUAAUUGCCACUCACAAUCUCACAAUGAUCUCCCACCACAAACGCCCAUCUCAGUCCUUCCGUCUUGACUGACUGACUGACUCCAUGCACAAGGACUAUCGCUGCUGCCUUUCACCCACCAGGAAAUUCCGUCUGCUAAGUAACGAUGUUGCAUUUCUGUUUCUUUUGAUUAUUUGGAAGACCCUGCUUGUACAUUCCUUUGCCUUGUUACCGGUACCACUACAAGUAGUAGUUCCACCGCGAUCAUCAUGUCAUCGUUUGGCCCACCAAGGUGACGACAACAACAGCCAUGAGGAAGAAGAAGAAGACGAUUUGAUUCGUUACCGAGGCCGUGUAUCGUACGAUGGAUCCUCCUAUCAAGGGUUUCAAAUCCAACUGGGCAAGAAGAGUGAUGCUGCUACCAUUCAAGCCGCGUUGGAAGAUGUACUGCAACGACGAUUUACCCGAAAUAUCCGUGUGGUGGGUUCUGGCCGAACCGAUUCCGGUGUCAGUGCGCGAGGACAAGCCUUUCAUUUUGAUUUGACCUCAAAGGAGCACGCCCAACUAGAAGAAAGAAAAGUGCCGUUGGAUCAUGUUUGGAAUCGCAUGCUGCCCGACCAGGACAUUCGAGUCUACCAUGUCGGUCCAGCACCACCUCCACGAGAAAAGACAAAGACUACCAGUACUCGCCUGUUUCCUUGGAAUGCCAUUCAUGAUUCGACUCGCAAAUUGUAUUCCUACCGCCUUUGUGUGGGACCUGUACUGCAUCCUCUGGAUCGAUUCCAACGAUGGCAAAUCCCAAACGAUGGCAAAUUCGUGGAUUUGGACAAACUACGAGACGCACUCGCAAAGUAUGAGGGAACCCAUGAUUUCCGGGCAUUUGCCGGUGCCGUGGAACAAUCGGAACGACGUGCCCAACGCAAAAUCCAUUCGGUGCGAACCAUUUACAAGUGUGAGUUGGUAGAAGAAAAUGGUGACGAAGGAUACUACCGCAUCGACAUUGUCUUGUCGGGAGCCCUCUACAAAAUGGUCCGUAACAUGGUGGGAGUUGCCGUGGAUGUGAGCCGUGGCCGCAUUGACAUGACUACCUUGCAACGACUGAUU